AUGACGGACGAUUCCGCACCUACGUCUGCCCUCGGCAGCGACACAUGGCUCGGCGCCAACGAGUACGAGUCCGGAAGCGCUUUACACACUCGAGCGACCAAUUUCUUGUCAACUGCUAAAUGGGAUGUACUCGCCGACAUCGCCUCAAAGCAUAGAGGUGGCAUGUCUUGCCAGUACGAGGACAAGUUUUCCGUGGGCCACUUCAACAUGGUCCGGCGGAUUGUCUUCGAAGACGGUGUGAACUGGGUUGCGAGGGUGCGUCUUCCGAAUGAGAAUAUGUUUGCGGGGCGCGAGGAGCUGGAGGACUCUAAGACGAUGGAGAUUGAGGUUGCGAGUAUGAAGUUCUUCAGGCGUGAAACCUCUAUCCCCGUUCCAGAAGUCUUCGACUAUAAUACCUCUCGGGAGAACGAUGCCGGCGCUCCGUAUAUCUUGAUGGAAUACAUCCACGGCAACGUCGCCUUGGAACUCCGCCAGGCGAAGUCCUGCGCUCCUCAGUUAUUCGGCACUCCCGAACAAGAUCGCAAGUUCCGUGAGCAGAUGGCGCAGAUCCAGGCCACAGCGGCAUCGUUCAAAUUCCCACAAAUCGGGAGUCUCUAUUAUAAUAAAGAGACAGAUGACUUUUACAUCGGCCCUGAACCGCAGACGGGGAAGGGACCCUGGGCGUCGUCCACCGAAUAUUACGACGAUCUCGUCAACCACUUAUUAAAAGGGACCAUAAAGAAAGAUGAUCUGAAGCAAAACCAAUCAUUCAUGGUACCGACAAUCCUGAACCAUCUGAUGCGCCUUUACGGUGAGGAAAAAACGGGUCCAUUCCGGCUGACGAACCGUUAUUUCGGCGCGCACAACAUCCUUGUUAACGACGACUUUGACAUCAUUGGCCUCAUUGACUUUGACGGUGUCAUGAGUGCGCCGCUCGAGGUGGUCGCGCAGUAUCCAGAGCUCUCUUUUCUUCAAGUCGAUCCGCCAGGCAUUACCUACUCACACCCCGCCGCCAUUGAACGGGUUAAGCUCACGGCGCCCAGACUAGAGGAAUACAAACGCUUGUUAGGCACUUUCGAGUCACGAGGCGGUGAUGUGACUCAGGAAGUAGCUGGCCACCUGGGAUCGACGUCGGCGAGUAUCUAUCAGGGGAUGCAAGCCUUCGCACAGCAUCAAGACUUCGUGAAUGAGAAAUGGAUGAAGUCAUGCCUGAAGAUGCUGCAGGAAUACGCCGAAAGCCUGUAG